AUGAGCUUAAUUCAAAAGUUUCACAACCAAAAUCAAACACCAAUGAUAGAUAGUGAAAGAAUAGCACACUGGAAGAAGACCAAAGUAGUGGGUAUUAUUGGUCUGGGUGAUAUGGGCUUAUUAUAUGCUCAAAAGUUUUCUUCAGCUGGCUGGAAUGUUGUAUGCUGUGAUAGACCUGAGCUCUAUGACGCGAUUAAAGAAAAGUAUAAGGACGAAACGUUUAAAGUACUCGCCAAUGGACAUUUAGUUUCUCGAGUAAGUGACUAUGUCAUUUACAGUGUUGAAGCCGAAAAUAUAGACAAGAUCGUGGCCCUUUACGGACCUUCUACAAAAGUAGGCUCUAUCGUAGGCGGGCAGACUAGUUGCAAAAGCCCAGAGAUUGCAGCUUUUGAAAAACACCUUCCUGCAGAUACUGAUAUUGUAACAGUACACUCGUUGCACGGGCCACGUGUUAAUACCGAAGGACAACCUUUAGUGUUGAUCAAGCAUCGCUGUUCUACGCCUGACUCAUUUCCUUUUGUCGAGGCAAUAAUGUCAUCUUUGAAAAGCAAGCACGUUUAUUUGACUUACGAGGAGCACGAUAAGAUCACUGCUGAUACUCAGGCAGUAACACAUGCUGCAUUUUUGAGUAUGGGAGCUGCAUGGUAUAAGAUUAAGCUUUAUCCAUGGACCAUAGGUAUUGACAGAUGGUAUGGUGGCCUUGAAAACGCCAAAGUGAACAUUUCAUUGAGAAUAUAUUCCAAUAAAUGGCAUGUUUACGCUGGAUUGGCAAUCACCAAUCCGGCUGCUCAUGAGCAGAUAUUGCAAUAUGCCACAAGUGCGACGGAGCUUUUCUCACUCUUUGUUCAACAUAAAAGAGCCGAGCUUACCGAACGUUUACUCAAAGCUAAAGGAUUUGUAUUCGGAAAUCAUUCUGGAUUACUUCUCUUGGAUGAUUCAAUUUUAGAGAAGUAUUCUCUGGCCAAGCAUCAGCCAUAUGAAGGUCAAACGACGUUAGCUAACUCCCACCUUUCAUUGCUAGCAAUUGUGGAUUGUUGGUGCAGGCUUGGAAUCAAUCCUUAUGAUCAUAUGAUUUGCUCCACUCCUUUAUUCAGGAUAUUUUUAGGUGUCUCAGAGUAUCUAUUUCUCACGCCUGGUCUUCUUGAAACCACUAUUGACGCUGCCAUAAACGGAGAUGCGUUCAGAGCUGAUGACCUAGAAUUCGUAAUUGCAGCAAGGUCUUGGAGCUCUAUCGUAUCAUUUGGAAGCUUUGAUCUCUACAAAAAGCAGUUCGAAGAAGUACAAGAAUUCUUUAAGCCAAUGCUUGCAGAAGCAAACACGAUUGGAAAUGAAAUGAUUAAAACAAUUUUAAGUCAUUCUAAAUAA